UGGGGGGCCGGGGAUCCCCGAGUGGAGGUAACUCCACAAGCUUCAGUCACAGGAACGAGGUCGCGCCCCUGGUGCGCAGAUCCAUUACUCGCCUCCCCAAGUGGAUCCACACCCGGCCCAGAGCGCUCCUGCCUCCCUGCUCUGUUCCCCAUCGCCGGCGUCCGGGAUGGAGUGAAGCAGCCGGCAGGCGAAGGUCGGCGCUGCGAGGACAGAGAGCGCCUUCCUUGGUUCAACUGACCUCUCAGGGAGGCCGGGGUCAGGGACCAUCGUCCCGCACCCACCGCGGAAGACCCGGCUGCCUCCGCGCCCUUACUGGGCAGGGGAUGAGGAGAGGCCCAAGCCAGCAGUGGGAGACCCGGGAGGGGAUAUUUGGGUGGUGGGACCCGAGGGAGGGCUGGGAGCCCUUUCAGGCUGGGCUACAGUGUGGGUGCGCACUCACUGUCGCGCGCAAGUGAGGGCCCCGCGCCCCCCGCGCUGACUCAGCGUAGUGCCCGCGCCCCUGCGCUGCGGGAGCAACCAGCGGCUGUUUCCAUUCUUCGGUCUCCUUCUCCAACCCUCUUUGCCCUCUUCAGGGUUCCGCAAGGAGGGUGGGGCAUGGCUUCGGUCGCAGCGCUUGGGUACCACCGAGUCCCCGCCCUUUGUUUACAGACGAGAAAACAAACUUAGCAGAGAAGGAAAGGUCACACGAAGAGUCGUGGCUGCGCGGCCAGCUCUCCUGACUCCCGUCUGGCGCUCCUUGCAUCACACGAGUCUGCUUUCCAGCAGCUGCCCGCAUCUCUGUCUACACCCGUAACCCUCCAGGUUAGCGGUGUAACGCCGUCACCUGGCAGCAGGAGGCGAUGGAGAUGUGGAAACUGAGGCAUAAACACUUCAAGUUCAAGGUCGGAGAACUAGAAAGGGACGGAACCAGGAAUGGACACCUGUCGUCUAGUUCCGGAGCCUCUGCACCCACCGCUCUGCUCUCAGAGCACUUCAUGAUCACCAGACACUCUGAUGCAAAAGAAGGAGGCUUUGGGGAGGUUGUCAAUCUUGGGGCUCUUCUUGCAUCACCUCCAAAGGGGAGGAUGUGACAUCUCCAGUGAGCCAUCACCAAGCCAGCAGCUGCUAUCAGGUAAGCCAGGUGUGUGUCUGGGUGGGAAGGGAGCAUGGCUGGCAAGGACAGCAUUGAGAUGCCUUUCGUGUGCAUCAGUCCUGCCUGAGGUGAAGAUGAUGGAUGGUGUUUGGAUGUCCCUUGUUCACAUCUAACUUGUCUCAGCAGCUUUGGCAGAUGACAGGGGCUGUCACCUCAGAGGCUGCUCUGACUUGUCCUGACCCGCAUGGGGCCUCAGUACAUUAAGCCACUCCUUGGCCUCACCCCUGCUAACGUCCCUUCUUCCCAGCCUGCAGGUGGAUUUUACUCCCUCUCAGGCAGGGAGGUGCCGUAUCUCUCAUCACCUCAUCCUCUCGAGGUGGGGAGACUUGUUUUUCUUUCCCUGCUUGAGACGAUACUCACCGGGGUUGACGAAACACCUCAUCUAGCUGAUGCCUCAAAACCUUACGUGAAAUGGAUGAAACUCGUGAUGGAGAAGGUUCCAGCCAGCCUGUCGAGGCCAAAACAAAGGCCCAGGGUAUGAGUCACCAAUCAGACGUCCUGCCCUGUGACCAGCUGAGGGACCAGGUCAUCGGAAACCAGAGCAGCCACACCCAGCUGAUGGAGACGCUGCUGCACCUGCGGCAGACCGUAGACGAUUGUAUCACACAGCUGACGACCAGGCCCCCACAGCUGGACCUGCCGCUGGAGGAGCAGAGGCACAAUCAGGCCACCGGGGAGCAGGAAGCCUUCCUGCGCCAGGUGGUCAACUUCCUCCAGUCUGGGGCCAUGUGGGGCCUGGGGCUCCAAGCGCCUCACCCUACCCUGGGCCCUAGGGAUGAUGCUGGAGGCGGGCAGCAGGCACAGCUGUCCAGGCAGCUUGACCAGCUAGUUUACCAACUGAGUCAUCUGGAAGUUGCAUUUGUCAGCCGUGACCUGUCCAACCAUGGGACUGACAUCUCUGCCUUCGAGCGCUCCAAAUUCCAGGACUUCAAGACCUACCAAGGAGACAAAUACCAUGAGGACAAGAACACCAUGGGCUUCAUCAACCUCGGUGUCAGUGAGAACAAGCUGUGCACUGAUCUGAUGACCGAAAGGUUGAGUCGGAGUGACAUGAACCACCUUGAGGAUGCCCUGCUGCAAUAUUCUGACCAGAGAGGGCAACCAUUCCUGCGGGAAGAAGUGGCCCGCUUCUUGACCUGCUAUUGCAAGUCACCUGCCCGCCUUGAUCCGGAAAACGUGGUUGUUCUAAGUGGCUGCUGCUCUGUCUUCUCCGCGCUGGCCACGGUUCUGUGUGAUCCAGGUGAGGCCUUGCUGACCCCCACCCCCUUCUUUGGUGGCCUCGUCGUGGGUUCCUACCUGUAUUCGAAAGUUGAGCUGUUGCCUGUCCACCUGGACAGUGAGAUCACUGAUGGGAGCGCCCGUCCAUUCCAGCUCACUGUGGACAAGUUGGAGCAGGCCCUGCUUGAGGCCACGCUUAAGGGGAAAAAGGUCAGAGGCCUUUUGCUAAUCAAUCCUCAGAAUCCCCUGGGAGAUGUCUACUCUAGAGACUCACUGGAGGAAUACCUGGAAUUUGCCAAGAGGUACAACCUACAUGUGAUCAUAGAUGAGAUAUACAUGCUGUCUGUGUUUGAUGACUCCGUCACCUUCCACAGUGUUCUGAGCAUGGAAAGUUUGCCUGACCCCAACAGAACCCACGUGAUCUGGGGCACCAGUAAGGAUUUUGGCAUCUCUGGCUUCCGCUUUGGUGCUCUGUACACCCACAACAAGGAGGUGGUCUCCGCUGUGAGCUGUUUUGGCUUCCUCAGUGGCAUCUCUGGGAUCACCCAGUACAAGCUGUGUCGGCUGCUCCAGGACAGAGAAUGGAUUGACAAAGUGUACCUGCCCACUAAUCACUCUCGGCUGAAGGCAGCUCACAGGUACAUCACCAACAAGUUGAAGGCGUUGAAGAUCCCCUUUCUCAAUCGUGGUUCAGGCCUCUAUGUCUGGAUGAACUUGAAAGAGUACCUGCAACCAUGUACCUUUGAGGAAGAGCUGCUCCUCCAUCACCGUUUCUUGGGCAACAAGCUGAUACUGUCCCCUGGCAAGACCUACAUGUGUAAGGAGCCUGGCUGGUUCCGCCUCGUCUUUUCGGAUAAGCCCCUCCCGUUAAAACUUGCCAUGCAUCGGUUCUAUGAGGUGCUCGCGGAGCAGAAGCGGGAUCUGAGAGUGAAGCAACUGGAGGAUCCGCAGAAGGAGUAAUCCGUCUGCCUCCCAACCAGCGGCUCCGCCAGUCACAUGCUCAGGGAGUCCCACAUGCUCAGUCCCUGGUCCAGAAGGCUGGCGUAUUGGCUUGAUGCUGUGACUGAACAGUGGCUUCCUCCAGGAAUGGGCUCGUGAGACCCAGUCAUCAACGUCCUUCAGCUGAGCAUCUGUCAUUUUUGGAAGCUUUGCAUCUUUUUAGUCUUUGGUAGCCAUUGUGUCUUUGCAAAAUGUUUUUAUGGGCGUGGAGGUCGGAAAGCCUAGAAAGGAAUAAAGGGAGCUCUCUGGCUCCCUAUUUAGAUGGGCUUAUUUUUUGUAUUCCAUAUCUAAUGAAUUCCAUAUUCUUUUAAAUUCUAGAUCUGUUUUAUUUUUUGUUCAUAUUCUUCGAUUUUUUUCUUCCUUUUAAAUUCUAAGGCAGGUUAUAUGUGCAGAAUACUGUCUGGGGCAGGUCAGAAAGGCAGGCAAAAAGUGAUCCCUAAUGAAUGGAGCACUUGCCAGGUGUUGGAGGCAGCGUCCUGUAGGAUCCUUACAUGUCACACCCACCUUACACAGGAGUGGCUAAGUGGCAGGGUGGGGGGUACAAUUCCAAAUGUUCCUGCUUCCAAAUACAAGGUCUUUCCCUUCUUGCCUCUCCAAAAGGCUUUUCAAAGGAAAGCCGAGCUUCAGGAAGCUGAUUCUUUUAUAACGAGCAGUAGGUCUGCCUGAAAUUUGGUCUGGAGGGAGAUGUUAUCUUUAUUUUACUGAGUAGUAAACAAACCUACCCUUUGCUCUGGAGGGAGACACUCACUUAUCAUCUAUGUAUCUCCUUGAAGAUAGCCUGGAACGGAGCAGUCAGUGUCCCUGCUUGCCAGAAAGGCAGAAACGCAAGGCCCCGGGAAGAUGCAUCUCCUGCCAGCAUCUUGUGUCCCUGCUAAACUCACUUUAUUAGCCCUAGUCGUUUGGGGGGGAUUUUUUUGAAUUUUCAAUGUAUGCAAUCAUGUUGCUUGUGAAUAAAGAUGAUUUUCCUUCUUCCUUUUGAAUA